ACUACAACCCUCCUAUGGCAUAAGCCAACCACCCAGAGCAAUGGACUGGUACUCCUGGCUAUCCAAAACUGGCCUUGACCCCUCACUUGUCUAUACCUACGGCUUUGCCUUCUCUGGGAAUGAGCUCCAAAAGGAGGAUUUAGCAUACCUCAACCAUGAGUUUCUUCAGAGCAUGGGCAUUUCCGUUGCCAAGCAUAGGCUGGAGAUCCUCAAGCUUGCUAGGAAGGAAGUCAGAGAAACCUCUAAUGGUCUGUCUAAGUUCAUUUCGGCAAUCAACAAAAUCAGGAAGUACUUAAAGUAUGUUAACAAGUUGGUUCACCAUGAGAACAGCACGACAACAAAGGCACUUCCGGCGCCGGCGCCGGUUUCUUAUAGAGAUAAGUGGAGAGAAGCAUUGUCAAAGAAGGAGCUGAAGAUAGAGCACCCAAUGCAGAGAACCAGGAGGAAAAUGGCGAAAUCUGGUCCCUUGGCUUAUAGAGGACAAGAGAAAUUGCUGGUCACUCCUAGAAGCUUGAAAUUAUCAGGGCCCCUUGAUAGGAAAUUGCAGGAGAGCUUGAUGCUCAAUGAUAGGAGCCCAAAGGUUCAUGGUGACAACAGCAGGAAGAAGGCAAGUGGGGACUUCGUUGAACAUACAUUUUGGGAAGCACUGUUUCAGGACAUGAAACCUACUUGACUUCACCAUGGCCUUACAGAUUAUUCUUUUACAGUUUUAUCAAUAUGCAUGCAAUUGUUGUUUCCAUUCUUUUCGAGUUCAUGUAAUCUAAAUCUUCAAGAAUUAUAUA